AUGCCUGGGGAUCAACAGGGAAAACUCGCCUGACGGCAAGCCAGAGUGGCAGGAGUUGUCCUUGGUGUCGCAUCUUAGCUCCUCAGGCUGCCAUGGGGAUCCCCAAGACCUUCCUGCUCGUCCUCCUCGGGAUCUGGCUCUGCCUCACAGGUUCCCAAGCCCUACAAUGCUACAGCUUCGAGCACACCUACUUCGGGCCCUUCGACCUCAGCUCCAUGACAUUCCCCAGCGUCUCCUGUCCUCAGGGGUGCUCUGAGGCGAUGCUGCUGCUGGAUACUGGACGCGUCCAGUGCCACCAGGACCAGAGCGUCUGUUUCCAGGGCAAUGGCCAGAUGAACAUUGGCAACUUCUCGGUGCCCGUGUACAUCCGGACCUGCCACCGGCCGUCCUGCACCACCAUGGGUACCACCAGCCCCUGGACGUCCAUCGACCUGCAGGGCUACUGCUGCGAGGGUCACCUCUGCAACAGGGACUCGGUGACACAGACCCUCCCCGGCGUCACGUCCCCAGCCCCUCCCCGGGCUCCCCGAAUCCUGAUCCUGCUGCUUGUUGCUCCACUACUGGCCAUCGCUCUGGGAGGGUCCUUCGGGAUCCCCGCGUAGACAGGGCCUCCAGGAUCGCUUCGCUUUUCGCCACUCGAGAAGCCCCUAGUGUGGUGGGCUCCCUUAAAAAAAUGGCAUCAAAAUAAGAACCUCACCCCUGUCGCUCUAGCCGCAGCCUUCCAUCCCUCUAACCAUCCUUCCUUCCUCCCGGCCACUGUCCCCACCUCCUGAAGGCCCGUGUACCCGGGAACUAAUCAAUGCAUUGAUUGAGCGAGGCCCCUCAAAAUCCAACCAGCUUUCAACAGAGCCACCCUGCUCAGGAAGCCUUCAACGCGUGAGCCUUUUGUGACACCUCACGGCCCAACCGUGCCACUCGCCUUUAAAACCAUUUCUCACAAGAGUGAUGGUAAUCCCAGCACCCAAGAGGCUGAGGCAGGAGGAUCACUACUUCAAGGCCAAGCUGGACUACACGGCAAGAAAUUAGGUCCGGCCUUGAGCUAUACUGUGAGACCAGUCAGGAGGGGACAGCACACCUUUAAUCCCAGCACGCUGGAGGCAGAUGUAGACGGG